AUGACGGCCUGUGGCUUAUGGGACUGGUGGGCUGUGUUGGGCUGCGGGGUUUUUCUGCUGGUCCACGGGCAGCAGCCACAGAGCAGCAACACAGACGGCAACCGGUGGAGGCAGAUGAUCCAGUGGGAGAACAAUGGCAGGGUGUACAGCCUCUUGAACACAGGGUCUGAGUAUGUGCCCGCUGGCCAGGAGCCAGCGGAUGGCAGCACCAGGGUCCUGCUAGCCGACACCCCCAGGAGCCAAAGCAGAAGGGGACAGGGGAACCUCAGGAGGCAAGCGCCCACCUUGCCAGUCAGGGCGGGCUCUGACACCAUCCGGGGCCAGACGCGGCAUCCAUUCGGCUUUGGCCAAGUCCCAGAGAACUGGCGUGAAGGGCCCGUCGGAGACAGCACCAGCUCCCAACGGAUCAGGCCAUCCACCAGCCGGCAACGACAGACCAGCUCCUCCGCUGCCGCCGUCGCCGCCUCUUCUUCGUUCUCACACUCCUCCUUUGGGCAGCCCUCCUACUCACAGUUCCCCUUCCCCCAUCCCCCUUUUGGGAACCAGCAUGAGCCCUAUGAUGCCCAGGUGUCUCGGGGCUAUGACGAAGGCUACCUAUACUACCGCAGCACAGGAAACGGAGGGGGUGCUGUUGCAUCAGCUGCUGCUGGUGUCGGUGUCCUGUACCCCUUCCAGUCCAGGGCACAGUAUGAGGAGUAUGGGGAGGACCAGAAUCCCUACCGAACCCAAGGCUACUAUCCUGCUCCAGAGAGGCCCUAUGUGGCAGUGCCCCCCCAGCCCCAGCCCGCUGAUGGGCUGGAUAGGAGGUACUCCCACAGCUUGUAUCAUGACACUGGUGCCACCGCAGAGCAAGGCUUCCAAGAUCCUUAUUCGGCAGCUCAGAACCAGCAGUCAACGGGACAAGGGGUCCCCGCUAUGGACAACUUACAGCUCAGCCCAGGGUCCCCUUUGGGGGCCAGCCCUGGGUAUGGAACUGACCCACGAUUGGGGCAAUACCCCCCUUAUGGUAACGUGCCACUGGAGCCCUAUGUCCCGCCCCACAACGUGGAACCCCAGCCACCUUUCCGGAGCUUGGAUCCCUAUGGGUCUCCGCGACCCGAACCCUACCUUCCUGUGAGGAGCCCGGAAGCCCCACAAGUGAUAUCUGACAACCAAGCCCGGGUCAGCGUGGGCAGCGUUUACAGACCCCCUCAGAAUGGACGGGGCCUCCCUGACUUAGUACCUGAUCCAAACUAUGUCCAGGCCUCCACCUACAUCCAGAGAGCUCACCUCUAUUCUCUCCGCUGUGCUGCUGAGGAAAAGUGCCUCGCCAGCACCGCCUACACCCCCGAGGCCACCGACUAUGACAUCCGGGUGCUGCUGAGGUUCCCGCAGCGGGUGAAGAACCAGGGCACAGCAGACUUCCUGCCCAACCGCCCCCGCCACAACUGGGAGUGGCACAGCUGCCACCAGCACUACCACAGCAUGGACGAGUUCAGCCACUACGACCUGCUGGAUGUGCCCACGGGGAGGAAGGUGGCCGAGGGCCACAAGGCUAGCUUCUGUCUGGAGGAUACCACCUGCGACUUUGGGAACCUGAAGCGCUAUGCCUGCACUUCACAUACCCAGGGCUUGAGUCCCGGUUGCUAUGACACCUACAAUGCUGACAUCGAUUGCCAAUGGAUUGACAUAACAGACGUUCAGCCUGGAAAUUACAUCCUAAAGGUUCAAGUGAACCCCAAGUACAUGGUGCUGGAGUCAGACUUCACUAACAAUGUUGUGAGGUGCAAUAUUCACUAUACUGGACGCUACGUUGCCACUACAAACUGCAAAAUUGCCCAGUAA